AUGAGCGGUGGAGACUAUUUCAAUGGUUGGGGCUCUGGCCCCAUUUUCAUUGAUUUGAAUUACGCUGGUGCUUUCCCUAUUAGUGACCCAGUUUUCAUUAUUGGAAUUAUGACAUCGUCACAAUUAUGGAAGCAAACCUUUCGGGAUGACAAACUGAAGUACUACCAAUUCCCAGCUUACAACCUGUACAAUCUACCUAAAUACCGGCAAGUUGCAAGUGGAAUUCUUAGAAAUCUACCUAAAUACCGGCAAGUUGCAAGUGGAAUUCUAAACUGGAGUAAAAGAAGGCCUCACCUCACACUACGACCUGAUCACCGGAGUGAAAGAAGGCCUCACCUCACACUACAACCUAAUCACCUACCUAAAUACCGGCAAGUUGCAAGUGGAAUUCUAACUGUGCCUAAAUACCGGCAAGUUGCAAGUGGAAUUCUGACUGGAGGAAAAGAAGGCUUCAAUUCACAUUACGAUCUAAUCAAGAAGAAUGAACUUCACACAAGUCCUCUCAACUUCAACCAACAUCCUGACAAACUUUGCAAUGGUAUCAGGAAUAUUAUGAUCAAAUGUGCAAAGGAAACUAUUCCCCAAGGCAAGACUAAACUCUAUCGAGUGUUUUGGUCUGAACACCUUGAGGAAGUGAAAAGAAAGCGGAACGUCCUUCGCAACACUGCUGAUCAGACUGGAAGAACGGAAGACGUACAAGCCUGGAGACGGCAGUCAGCUGUCCUAAGACAAGNUGCACUUAAACUACUAGCAAACUGGCGCGAAAACAAUGGAACGGUAAUCAACACCUCCAAAAUUGCUUUCUAA